UUUCUAAACAAGUUUAACAUUUUAUAUAUAAGUUAAAAGGAUUACAGAAUACAAGUUUCAGUAGAAUGGAAGUUCCCUACAGUCAUUUUAAAACUAACAAAUACAUCACAAAAAAAGAAAAAAAGAGAGCUCCGAAGCCAAGUAAAUGACUCACACCCAUGUCCCACUAAAGAAUGCCGCUUGAAAUGAUUUUUGUAUAAUUUAGUAAAACAAAUUAUACUACUACAACUAAAAGCCGCAAUAAAAAUGGUUGUGUUGCAUCUUGUUGAUUUGGACUGGCUGGAAGAAACUGCCGCAUCCACUUUGACUAGAUCCUCAGUUUGGAAAAGCUGGAACAUUGGAUAGUAGCCCAAAACAAAGACGAGUCGCUAGCAAACGACUAAUACUGGAUGUGGCGGUGCGUGCAGAUCACGCGCCGCCGCCGCCGUUAGAGUGGAAAGGAGGCUCAGAUCCGAAUGAUCCAAGGCCUCUGAUGCCGGGGUGGCCGCGCAUGUCGACAGGAUCAACUCCAGGACGUGGUGGCAUGUAGAUGAAGCACACGGCAUAAGUCGUGCGUGCGUCAAACUUGCCGAACAAAAGAGCGGAAGUCUUCAGCAAAAUGAAAGAUUAGCAACUGGGAAUGCAGCAAAGGAGGUACGUGUUGGUCGGAGAACGCCGAAAAACAGUAGAUCGGCUUGUUUUGUCAAUGUGGAGAAAAAACAUAAGACAAAAACUAGAAAAAAUAGACAAAACAGGAAAGGAACUAAAGCUAGCUAGUGGAGGAGGUGGAUGGAGCCGAAGCUCCAACCCCUCUCCUCCCAGUAAACGGGUUGAAAUCCUGGCGACGGCAGUGAGGGUUUUUUUCGCCUGGGUUGAGAUUUCAUUUUGGCCUUUGCACUAUAAAACAACUUCCUCCCUCCUAUUAAAAAGUCUCUUUGAUUUCCUCCGUUCUCUGCGUUACAAAGAAGCCCAGGUCCAAGUUAAAAAAGACCAAGCUUCUUCGCACGAUGUGCACGUGUUGCUUCUUUCUGUUAACUCCAACACAGAGAACCCCACACGUUCUAGGCCCACUCGGCGUCGUCGGCGACACCAACGUUUUCUGAACUGCACAAGUUUUCAUCCUUCACGAAACUCUAUCAGCCCGCAGCAACUAGCAAACACCAAGCUCUAAACAACACCCCCGCCCCCUUUUCCGGUAUCUUGCUCCCAAGGCGUAAAUCCUUCCAUUUCCCAACGGGGACUCUUUUGCAUUGGGUUUGCUUACUAGUCUUCAAUUGUGACUGAGACACAGCAUAGAAGAGUUUUCUCUCUGGGCUCUCUCUGUGCUGUGAUUUCAUGGCUUCUUCAGUGCUCAAUGGAGCUGAGAAUCUGAAGCUCAUUAGUGGCUUAGCCCCGCCUGCGUUUGGCUUUGUGGGGUCAAAUUUCCGGGAUAGGUGCUUGCCCAAGAAGGGUUUGGUGUCUUUUGGUAGGAUUUAUAAGGCCGGAACUUUGACUCCAAGAUGCAGUGUAUCAUCCUCAAGGCCUGCUUCGCAGCCUAGGUUCAUACAACACAAACAAGAGGCAUUUUGGUUCUAUAGGUUCUUAUCUAUUGUGUAUGAUCAUGUCAUAAACCCUGGACACUGGACCGAGGAUAUGCGGGAGGAGGCUCUUGAGCCUGCCGAUCUUUAUGAUCGCAAUAUGUUAGUGGUAGAUGUGGGGGGUGGAACUGGGUUUACCACUCUUGGUAUAGUUAAGCAUGUGGAUGCCAAAAAUGUUACAAUUCUUGACCAGUCACCCCACCAGCUUGCCAAGGCUAAGCAGAAGGAGCCCUUGAAGGAAUGCAAGAUAAUUGAAGGCGACGCAGAGGAUCUUCCAUUCCCAACUGAUUAUGCGGAUCGAUAUGUCUCGGCCGGAAGCAUCGAGUAUUGGCCGGAUCCACAACGUGGUAUCAAGGAAGCAUAUAGGGUGCUUAAGAUAGGAGGUAAAGCCUGUGUUAUAGGUCCAGUGUAUCCAACCUUUUGGCUGUCUCGUUUCUUUGCUGACAUGUGGAUGCUCUUCCCAAAGGAGGAAGAGUACAUUGAAUGGUUUGAAAAGGCCGGUUUCAAAGAUAUUAAACUAAAAAGAAUUGGUCCAAAAUGGUACCGUGGUGUCCGUCGGCAUGGCUUGAUCAUGGGUUGCUCUGUAACAGGUGUGAAGCCCUUAUCUGGUGACUCUCCCUUGCAGCUUGGUCCAAAGGAAGAGGAUAUAAUAAGGCCUGUGAAUCCGUUCGUUUUCUUCCUUCGGUUCAUUCUUGGUGCAUUAGCUGGGGCAUACUUUGUGCUGGUUCCAAUUUACAUGUGGAUCAAAGAUCAAAUAGUUCCAAAAGGGGUGCCCAUCUGAAAUGUGAGGAACCAAUGAGACUAGAUAAAGCUCGUGAUGAUUACUCUUCCCGCUAAAGCUUUCCCAGCCAAUCAACUAGAUGUGCCCUUCUCUGCUCAAGAUAAACCUGCUAAAGCAGUCAUUUAGGCGGACAAACAUACUUCCGAGCUUAGUGCUGCUUGGGGCUAUAACUGUACAACCCCAACAAGCUUGGUUGUUUGUCCUUUGUUCUUUUGGUUUCUUUCUUCUUCUUCUUCUUUUUCCCUCAGCAAGUGAAUUUAUUGCAAAAUUCACUUGAUGCAUAUAACCAACUUGAUGAUAGCUGGCAUUAUUAUUGAUUCAAAGUCGUGGGAAUAGUUUUAUCUCCGGAAGGAAGGAUGAGUUUCAAAGAAAA